AUGACUAGUCUGGGUGCCACUCCGGAGUUUAUUCCGGGACGUCCUUUCCACCUUGGACUGGCAAAAUGCUCCACGAACGCCAACAGGACCAUCAUGCCCUCCAACCGAGAGACACUUUCCUUGCGGCGACAACGCAGCCGGAAAGUCCAGCCCAAGGUCAUAAACGUCCCGUCUUCCCCUACAGCUUCAUCCAGCACAAGCCAACACUCAACAGAGACAUCGAGUUCUGCUUUUGACGGCGUCGAAAAUUGCAAAGACCACAUCCAUUCAUCAAAGAACGACAUACCCCCCGGCACGCCCACAGCUCCAGCAGCAGACCGAAGACGCCAGAUACAGCUGCAUCAUAUCCCAGUCUAUCACAGUCGCGUCUUUCACACUCGACCCCCUCCGAACGCACCAACGGGGCCUGCAGCCGAUAGGAGACAACUAACGAAGCUUGCCCCAGUGCCUCUUCAAGUGCCCCCUCAAGCCGUACCCAGUCAUUGCCAGUCUAAGGUCUGGCGGAGCCCCAAAACGGAGUUGACGGACGCGUUCACAAGAGUGCAGCUCGAAAUGCAACGCCUUGACUUCAGCAAGUCGCCUGCUGCCCCUGCCACAUUCGAGGAGUACUUGGAAGUUGUACUAGCCGAGAAAGACCGCAAGAUACGACUAAACGCCGCCAUGUUACAGGUCAUUAGGUUGAAGACAGAACAACAGAAGAAGGCGCGACAGGAAGGCGGCGGCUCAGGCCAUACUUCCAACAGAGAACCAGCCUCGAUGCAAGAUCCGACCUCCGAUGCAAAGCCGAAUCUAGCCACUGCCAAUCCAUUGUAUGGAGCUGAUCCUUGCUGGAACAUUCAGUACACCAAAACGACGGACAGGGCACAAGAUCGAUAUGCUGAAUGGCCGACGCUUUCGGUGUAUAAGGACGCGAGUCGCAGGGCUUUGAACAACAAAUGUCUGCCUCCUCCAAGACAGCGCAACGUUCGGGACCGAACACACAUGGCACUUGGAGAUGCGGCGUGGGAAGAGCGAGCACCGGUUCACCAAGAACAUGUUAUCGGCUUGGACGACAGAAGGGGCAUCUUCUCACUUGGGAACGAUGCUUCGGCCGAGACUGAUCCAAGUCAACACAUAGACCCGAAGAGCCUCAACGACUGGACUCGAGAAAUCAUUGACGAAAUUAUCCUUGAGAUAGAGGGCGACGAGACAACGAUCACGGACGAAGACAAAGCUUAG